GUCGCGUCGCAUUCUGUCGCAAAUAUUAAUGGGCAAAGUUCUAGCUAGGAUUCGUCUUUAUAAGGAUCGUCCUUCCGUCCUUCAAUAUACUCGUCAUUGGUCUGCGUACCCCAGACUACAGAUUCCAGAGGCGGCACAGGGGGAACCGAAAGAUUCUGACGAGCCUAGAUAUCCCUAGAUGUUGAUGACAAAGGUUUAAAACAUCUUACCUAGUAAUAGAGAUCCUGGAGCAACGCUGGUAUGCCAUUCCAACCUCUAUACGUGUACCGCCAAGUCGCGUUUGAAACGCGACGUUGUGACAAAUAUUGUCUCCUAACCUCACAUCUUACUCUUGCCUAACACCGAUACUCAAGUAUACCCGACUUUCGGGAAUUAUGUUGCUUCAACCACACAGCCAGAUUAAGCUAAUAUGAUUCGAUAUGCUAUUGCGUAAGUGACGAGAUACCUCCUGCCUCACACUUCAUCCUAUACGAGUUUCAGAAAUUAUUGGUUUCAAGAAAGCCGUGCUCAUGCGGCCCCCUGCUAAUGACGCCGGCGGUCCUGGACGACUACUACCACUGAGCAAGCCAAGCCAUGACAACUAGGGCGGAGUAUGAGAGCUCUAUUAUAACAAUUGCAUACGACGCGUUCUAAAAUAGGCCACGUCCGAUUCUCUGAAACUCUUCGCGUCUUGCGCAAGGUAUAUAUAAGAAGCUCAGUAAUUGAAGCUUGUUCUCAUCCACAACGGUGUAUUCACCCCUGUUCUCUUCAUUGUCUCAACAACAUGCCUAUCGUCUCUGUCCAAGAACUCGCUGCUGCAAAGCCCCACUACCUUAUCAUCGGUGGUGGAACCGCUGGUCUAGUCGUUGCAGCUCGCCUCAGUGAAGAUCCAAACACCGUAGUCGGUGUUAUAGAAGCUGGAGCUUACCACAAGGACGAUGCCGGCGUCAAUAUCCCCGGAUUCGCAAGCCGUAACUUGUUCAAGCCUGAUUUCGACUGGUCUUUCGCGAGUGAACCUCACAAGGGCACAAACAAUCGACCUGUUCCUCAGCCUCGGGGUAAGGGGUUGGGCGGAUCAUCUCUGCUCAACUUUACCGUCGCUGUGCGACCGACCAAAGAAGAGCUCAACGCAUUGGAAGCCUUAGGGAACCCUGGAUGGAAUUGGGAUAAUCUUUGGAAGUAUAUGAAAAAGAGCGAGCGGCUUCAACCUCCUGAAUUAUCAAAGGAGGAUUCCUUACGAUAUGCCGCUUCACCUGACCCCAAACUUCACGGAACCGAUGGCCCCAUUGCCAAAUCAUACACUUCCAACCUAUUCCCACCAUUUCCAGCAUUCAUGGAUACUCUUGAGAAACUCGGUCUACCUCGUAAUCCUGAUACCGGCGGGGGCGAUAGCAUUGGAAGUUUAUUAUUCCCCACGACAGUGGACAAAAAGGAUUGCACCAGAUCGUACUCCGCGUCUGCUUAUUAUGCUCCGAACGCAGAAAGGCCUAAUCUCUUAGUCGUGACCGGAGCACAUGUCACAAAAAUUCUACUGGAACCGUCGCAUGAUGGUUUGCAGCGUGCGGUUGGCGUCGAGUUCAUCAAGGAUGAGCAAACAUAUAGGAUUAAUGCCUCAAAGGAGAUCAUACUCUCGGCUGGUGCUUUCCAGUCUCCCCAGAUCUUGGAGCUUUCCGGAAUCGGAAAUAAGAAAAUACUAAAGCAACAUGGUAUUGAAACUCGUAUUGACUUACCUAGUGUGGGCGAGAACCUGCAGGAUCAUGCGUAUGCACCGACGAUCAUCGAAGUAGACGACCGGGUUCCCACUAUGGAGACAACAUAUGUCGACGAAGAAUUCGCUCGUCAACUUGAACUCUACAAAGAAGGAAAAGGUCUCUUCACUGCCUUACCCGCGAAUUUAUGCUCUUUCAUCCCCGCACACAUUUUUGCUGAAAGCGAAGACUUGGCAAGAUGGAAAUCGUUGGCGAACUUGGAAGCUUCAUCUCCCGACGUGUUUGCGGAUACUCCUGAGAGCGUCAAGAGGGGCAUUCGGAAACAAUACGAGUAUUUGGCUAAAUGGCUUGAUGAUCCUACUGCUCCGAUGGCCCAGAUCCUGAGCCUUUACCUGCACUUCCCAGUCCCAGGUCUCCCCGUCGAUACUUCCAAACGUUACAUGUCACUCCUCGGUGCCUACACGCACCCCUUCGCUCGAGGUUCCGUACACAUAACCUCUCCCUCGCCAUUCACCCCGCCGGCCAUCAAGAUGAACUAUCUCAGUAACCCAGUGGAUACCGGCAUUCUCGUCAAGAUGCAACAAUUCAUAUUGAAGAUUUAUGAAUUGGAACCUGCUAAGGAAUUUGUCGAGAAUCGAGUUAUUCCGCCUGUUGGAACGGAGAACGAUGAGAAGAAACUUGAAGAAUAUGUGAGGAAUUUUCUUGGUACUGUUUAUCAUCCCGUGGGAACUUGUGCUAUGCUCCCGAAAGAGGACGGAGGUGUUGUGGAUAGUAGACUAUUGGUCUAUGGGAUGGAGAACCUUAGGGUGAUUGAUUGCUCCAUCUUACCAUUGGAAGCUUGUUGCAAUAUUCAGCCCUUGGCUUAUGCCAUUGGUGAAAAGGGUGCGGAUAUCAUCAAAGGCGUGAUCUAGGUUCCAAGCGUUCGGAUGGCUUGUUUCGUAAUGUACUCGUAAGUGUCGACUACUGUAGCGUAUUGCCGAAUUGAAACCCUGGCUCCCGGUUUCACCCUGUGAUCUUCGAGUCAACUAUGGAACUCUUCUUCAUAGUUGUCCUUCGUUUAUCCACAUAACGACAUUCCAAAAACUUCUGAAGGUGUAUAAACGCAUGCUUCCGGCACAAUAUCCAGAAAGCUCUUUCCUCGCUCCUUCGGAUAUGUUCGGGACGGCCGUCCGAACAUGCACUCCCAUGGCCGCAGUUCCUCCAUCUUCAUCAACCGUUAAAAGCUCCAUACCGCUCAUGGGUUAAAAGUUCGAACGGCGACUUGCCGCAGAUACGCUCGUUAUAGGAAUCAACGUGUUAACCGUCACUUCCGAGUCCUGUUCGCGCGCCAGCUUGCGUUCAAGUUCUCAGAUCGAUGGCCCUGUUAAUACCGAAAACUGGGGCCUGAAGGCUUGAAGCUUGAAGUACCGAGGGAGUCAGGUGCAAUGCAUGUUCCGUGUCUCCUCCAUGACGAAAUGGAUGUAUGAUCAUGAGCCUCCUCAGCGUUGGACGGUAUGAAAGGCUCUUGAUCACAAGUUUCUCGCUAUAGGUUCCUACCAAGUUCGCACAAGUGAUGCACGAUGCAUUGCGAUGACUCUAACAAAAACUGCAAGCAGCGUCAUGUUGUCAUGUUGUCAUGUUGAAGAUAUAUACGAUACAUGCAUGCGUUAGAUAAUAAUGGAGCGUGGGCUAAUGGCUAAUGGCUAUGGGAUGGGGGGGGGGCGUAUAAGUAGUAGAUAAAAUGCGUACGUGUGUAAUGACUGCCAGUGAGAGCGUCGGUGAAAGCGAGGGAUGAAAAGGGAAAAAAGAGAACUACAUGAUGUAUGUAUGUACUUAAUGUCCGUAACAGUCGAUCUAAAGAGCAACUGCCUAACCUAUUUAACCU